AUGCUCUGCGUCGUCCUCCUCCCUCCCGAGGAGUGGCCCGGCCGAGCCUCGGCGCCCACCUCGGUCGAACUGCGCUUUGUGCGCAGCGCCUCGGAGCUCGACGCCGCCGACGCGGCGGCCGCCGAGGGCAUCGUGGCCGUGCCGGGCUGCGACAUUGGGGCGCUGCGUGGGCUGCUCGCCGCGCUGCCGCGGUGCGCCUGGCUGCACUCCUUCUCGGCGGGUGUCGACGGCAUCGCGCCGGUCCUGCGUGAGACGCCCGACACGCUGCGCGCCUCCAAUGCGCGCGGCGCCUUCACGUCCUCGCUCGCAGAGUACGCGCUCGCGGCGGCGCUGCACUUCAACAAGCAGGUCCCGCGCUGCAUGGCUAACCGCGCGGCCGGGCGGUGGGAGAGGUUCACGAUGAAUGUGCUCCGCGGCAAGACGCUGGGCCUGCUUGGCUACGGCUCGAUCGCGAGGGCGACGGCGAAGCUAGCGGCGGCGUUUGGGAUGCGCAUCAUCGCGCUGCGACGAAACGUCGGCGGCGAGGCGGGCGAGGUGGUGCCCGAGGCUACGUACGGCUACGACGACCGCGCCGCGUUUUUCGGCGCCCCGCCGGCUCGAGAGGUUGCGCCCCAGAGCGCGGCCGCCUUCGAGGCGAUGAAGGAGUCGGCCGUCUUCAUCUCGCUCGGCCGCGGCGACGUCGUCGACGAGGCGGCUCUCGUCGCGGCGCUGUCGCGCGGCCGCAUCUGCGGCGCCGCGCUCGACGUCUUUGAGCAGGCAAACCCGCUCACCCACCACGCGCACUGGGCCUUGCACGCGCACAACGCCGACCUGACCAGCGACUACUUCGAGGCGGGUUGGGCAACCUUCGUCGCUAACGCGGAGGCGGCCGCGGCGGGCAGGCCGCUCCUCACACCGCACCCGCCGCUGCCGCCAACGUUCGAGCCGUCCGACUCGGGGACCGCGCUCUCCGUCUCUGUCAUCUGCGCGCUUCUGCUGGCCGGACUGCUGUUGCGGCACUACAUGGAGCAGCGGGAGUGGACAAGAGUCACAGAGACGGGUGCGUGCAUGUUCCUUGGCGCCGCCUUCAACGUCGCCUUCUGGACCUUCUCGCGCCUCAAGAGCGGCGGCUCGGAGAACUGGCGCUUCUCCAUCUCCAUGUCGGAGAACAUGCACGACGUCAUCUACUUCGGCCUGCUGCCACCGAUCAUCUUCGAGGCUGGCUUCGUGAUGCGCAAGCGCUCCUUCUUCGCCAACUUUGGCACCAUCCUCCUCUACGCGGUGGUGGGCACCCUCAUCUCCAUCCUCUGCACCGGCGGACUCACCUACGCGCUCUCGCUGCAUGGCUUCGUCACGCAGGACUUCUCCUUCUCGGAGGCGCUGCUGUUUGGCGCGCUCAUCUCAUCGACCGACCCCGUCGCCACCCUCUCCAUACUCAAGAGCGCGCCGCCGCUCCUCUACGACCUCGUCUUCGGCGAGGCUGCGCUCAACGACGCGCUCUCGAUUGUCCUGUUCAACAUCUUCCGGCACCGGUGCGGAUCCGAGUGGGCGGGCAAGUCGCACCAGAAAGGGCCGCACGAAGGACCCGACCGCUGGCCCCUCCGCCACUCGCGCUGGCCUUACCAGCGCUGGCCCUACGAAGCGUGGCCUCCUGGGAAAGAGUGGCCUCCUGGCCGGACGUACCGCGAGCCUCACCACGGGCAUACAUUACUCGACGGCGUGCUCUCCGCCGAAGAGCUGCCCCCCGCCCCCGCCCCCGCCGCGCCGCCGCCUCCGCCUUGGUACCUACCGCUCGAAGGGACGAUGACACUCGCGUCAGAGCAGCUCGUCCAGAUCCUGCCGCUCUCCCUGCUGAUCGGAGUCAGCGCGGGCCUCCUCACCGCCCUGGCGACCAAGCGGCUCGGGAUGCAGCACCAGUCGCGCGCGUACGCGGAGCUGUCCCUGCUGCUGGUCACCGCGCUGCUCACCUACACGCUCACCGACGAGGUCGCCCUCUCGGGCAUCCUGUCCCUCUUCUUCGCCGGCGUCACGAUGCGGCACUACACCUACUACAACCUCUCGCCCGCCGCCCAAGCAACCUCGCGCACCCUCUUCGCCACCCUCGCCUCCCUCUGCGACAUCGCCCUCUCCAUCAUCCUCGGCAUCGCCGUCAUCGACUACCUCGUCCACGGCUGGACCGACGUGCGCGUCGACGGAGUGCAGGGCCACGAGGUGUGGGACUUCUCCUUCGUCCUCUCCUCCGUCGUCGUGCUGCUGCUCGCGCGCGCGCUCAACAUCUUCCCGCUCACAGAGCUCGCCAACUGCUGCCGCCGCCGCGCCGACCAGAUCUCGUGCCGCAUGCAGCUGGUGAUGUGGUGGUCGGGGCUGCGAGGCGCCGUCUCGUUUGCGCUCGCCAUGACGCUCGACGACCCGCGGCCAGAGAGGCAGGUGAUGCCUCCGGCGCACGCAAAGGCAAUCGUCACCACAACCCUCGCCGUCAUCGUCUUCACCAACCUCUGCAUCGCGCCGCUCACCGCGCCGCUCCUGCGCCGCGUCAAACUCGAGCGAAGGUUCCCCUCGGGGGGGGGGGACCCGCUCGGCGCGAGCUUGCUGCCCCAGGCGGGAGACGGGGGCGAGCCGGGGGCGGCGGGCGGCUCCAGACCUCGCGCUGCCACCGCUUCGUGUGACGGGCGCGACGUGCACACGCCGCCGCUGGGGCGCCACAUCCAUCGUGCGUGGAGGGCGCUCGACCAGCACUACAUGAAGCCCAUCUUUGGAGGGCGGCCCGACCGGAGGCACGAGGUCGCCGAGGAGGCACUUGCCGCCGGGCUCACCACGCCGCUCUGCCUCUCGCCCGAGAUGACGCGCGUCUCUUCUCGCAUGUCCUCCUCCCCGCCGCUGCCGCCGCCGCCGCAGUCGCCGCCGCCCGCGCCGCCGCGACCAGGCAAGUAGCCGCCGGUCUCAGUUUCUCUGUGUACGGCUCUCGCGCUAGGCCGCUAGCCGCCCGUGCACAUUUCGGUCGUCUGAGUUCUGUGGAUCGGGAAGCGUCGUUACAACUUUGUUGUUGUUGUUUUGUAGCUUU